GAACGACACGGUGAGUUUGGACACGGUGAUUUUUAUCGACAGGGUAGGUGGGCAACGGCCGACAAGUGACGUCUGGGUCGGUGAAGCAUGUUGAAGAUAACGGCGGCGCGCGCUGUUGAUACAUUCUUUUGUUCCUGGAGACUCGCAUGGAGGUGAAUUGGAGGCGACUUGAACUGUAUCUCAGCUCAAUCGUUGAAUGCCCAUCCCUCCCCCCCCUUUUUCUUUUUUUUCUUUUUCUUUUUUUCUCUCUCAAGAAGCCUGGACCAUUCAGUCCGGGGGAGUUUACGAUUAUGGAGAUGAUCAGCAGACGGAACUGAGCAAUCAUCAGGGGAUCUCGAUGAGCUGCCAGGGAGUCGCCGUCAUAGGGGCUCGUCAGGCUACGCAUAUCAUGACGACUGUCAAGCCACUUCAGCAAGACCAGGCUCAAGGUGAACCCGGUCAGCGGUCGGCGGUGGCCUGGGACCUUACGGGUAUGUCGCGGUCAAGUUCUCGGCCAUCCAUUGCAACCUCACAAGCUCUCAGCGCAUCUCCGUCCCUGGUCCCUCACCGUGCCCAGGAAGGGGAAGGUCAUAGCAGCGGCCGUCCCUCCAUUUGUGGUGUGCUUUGCUGCGAAACUGUUUGCACCAGCAGGGUGGUGGUGUGGCCGGCAGGGUGGUGUGGGGACGGAUCGGUGCACAAGCACAACAAACAGUCUCAGAUGUACGGAUACCACCCAUCUAUGUUCUGUUUGUUUUGUCGUCCGUAUUGGUUGUCAUGGCAGAGCAAUCAAUUGUAAACCCACGACAAACAGACGCAUCCGCAGUUCAGUUGGCCAUGUGGUCUACCGUCACCACCACCGCUUGAUUGUUCAAACGGUC